AUGGCGUCUACUAGUAGCAGCAGCAGUAAUAACAAUAACGAGGAUGUGUAUGCAGCUUAUGAGCAGUAUGACUUUGAUAAUAAUGUUGAAUUCCAGCGGGGUGUCAAGAGUAUCACUCAAAACUCUGUUGGCCGAAGUGAUGAAGACUUGGCAAUCGCCGUCAACAAGGCCAAAUGGUUUUAUUACUGCAAGUUUGUCCAAAAGUUUGACUAUGAGGCCUAUCUCACAUGGAAGAAUGGAUCGUCUACAGCUGCUACAAGUGCUAGUACAGGUGCUACUACGACUGACGCCCAAAAACCAUCAUCAUCGUUUGCAGCAACAGCAGAACUUCAAACAGACGACUCGGAACAACCAAAGUAUCCCAGAUCGUUCGCAGAAUUAUGCGAGAUGGUCGCAAGAGGUGAACCAAUCCCAGGCAUUCGACAGAUACCAAACAAACUGAAUGAAGGGACGCCAUCACAGGCUACUCUGGCUCCACGCAAGAAACCGUGGGAAAAGACUCCCGAAUCUGCUGAUCUUCCAGAUGAAGCAGCCGCUACUGUCUAG